UAAACUUUGGACCAGCAAUGUUCCUCUGAGAGCAGUCAUUGCUGCAGCAGAAAACCCUCCAACCAUGUGGUUACAGCAGGAGAAAUCUUUGUAUUUGUGGUUUAUUCUGCUUUUCAUGCCUCUCCCAACGUAUGCAGUUUUCAUACAGAGUAAUGAGGCCAACGGUGUGUUGACGAAUCGGAUAAAGAGAGCAAACAGUUUCUUUGAGGAGCUAAAAUCAGGCUCUCUGGAACGUGAGUGUAAUGAAGAAAUCUGCUCAUAUGAAGAAGCCAGAGAAAUCUAUAAGGAUGACAAACGCACGAAAGAAUUUUGGAAAAUAUACUCAGAUGAAAAUCAAUGUCUCUCCAAUCCUUGCACCAAUGGGGGAACCUGUCAUGAUGAGCUUCAGUCCUAUACAUGCACAUGUCCUCUUGGUUAUGAGGGCAGGCACUGUGAAACAGAUAUGAAUGAGGACCUACAGUGCUUUAAAGACAAUGGGCAAUGUGAUCAGUUUUGCCGCAACACUCCUGAGUCGUCACAACGUUGCUGGUGUACUGAAGGGUAUGUUCUAGGGGAAGAUGGCACAUCAUGCAUUCCUACAGUGGAAUAUCCAUGUGGAAAACUACCUGUGUUGAAAAACAUAACCAAAAGAGGUCGAAUUGUUGGAGGUGAAGAAUGUCCAAAAGGAGAGUGUCCCUGGCAGGCUAGACUGGUCUUAGACAAAUUAUCCUUAACCAUCUGUGGAGGGGCGCUAGUCACUCCAAAUUGGGUAAUCACAGCGGCACACUGUGUAAAACCAUCUUGGGUAAACAGACUCACCGUAAUACUUGGGGACCAUAAGAUUAGUGAAGCUGAAGGAACAGAACAAGCGCGCAAAGUUGUUCAAAUAAUAAUGCAUGAAAAAUUUGUUGGUUUUAAAACAAACAAUGACAAUGACAUUGCCCUCCUCAGAUUGAACACUACAGUGAACUACACAGACUAUAUUGUUCCCAUUUGCCUACCUGAGAGAGAAUUUGCUGUAAGAGUACUGCUGGACCGUGGCUCCUCCUCCACUGUCAGUGGCUGGGGUCAGCUAAUAGAAGGCGGGGCAACUCCUGAUAUAUUAAGGAGAGUGAAGCUGCCUCGGGUCAGAACGCAAGAGUGUAUAGAGAGUACAGGGAUGAACAUCUCACAGAACAUGUUUUGUGCAGGCUACACUGAUAGCACCAAGGAUGCCUGUAAGGGUGACAGUGGUGGUCCAUAUGCCACAAAAUAUAAGGACACUCAUUACCUGACUGGCAUUGUUAGCUGGGGCAUGGGAUGUGCCAAAUUAGAUAAAUACGGUGUUUACACAAGAGUAUCUCGCUAUGACCAAUGGUUAAAAGAAAAAAUGAAUCAAUAUGAUCCUGAAAAGACAUCUGAUCGGCAGCGGUAACUCAGAGUUGUAAUAUAGCAUAUAAAUUGUAUAUUAUACACAAAAAUAUGGCCCCUUGUACAUUAAUUUGCCCACCCCUGCUACUAAACGUUCCAUGCAAUAGACAUGCAGUGUACAUCACAUAAUGUAUACAUCCUUCUCAGGAUGUGCAUAAAGGUGGUAUAAUAAUUAAUUUCAGUAAUGUAAUAUAUAACGAGCAAUCCAACAUACUGUACCGUCAGCUUAGCAAUGGCGGCAGCAAUAGCAGCGGCUGUGUUAUGCUGCAUGGGCUAACAGCUGCUCAAUUAUUCCCCCAUGAAUGUGGGAGCUAUAGCACGGCAUGUUUAGCCAUUGUAGAAAUGUUCUUAUCUGAAAUCUCCCAUAAAGGCUGGAGGAAAAUAAAUGUUUAUGUGCUGGAUAUGUGAGGGUUCCUGCCAGAGUUUAUGCCCCAGUCCCAGGGGCGUUUUGGUCUGAGACAGUCACAGCCCUAUACAAUGGAAUAAUUGGAGUAACAGUUCUAUAAUGGGCACGAGCAAGCACUGUGGGUGCUUGAGUAUGCUCAAUAUUUGUGCUGCCACUAUCCAUGUUUAUGCAAGACAUUUUUAGUCAUAUGGAGGGGCUCAUCCAAUCAUUUUGGAAAGGAGGCUCCUAUGCAUACACUGGAAUGUUAUAGUGUCAUCCUGGGAGUUAUAUUUUUCAAAGGAAGAGAAGUAUUAGAACUCGAGGACAUACACUGAAACUGGAGGAAGACAGGUUCAGGGGAAAUUUAAGGAAAAAUAAUUUCACAGAAAGGGUAGUGGAUAAGUGGAAUAGCCUCCCAUCAGAGGUGGUAGAGGCUAAGACUGUGGAGCAGUUUAAACAUGCUUGGGAUAGGCAUGUGAAUGUCCUUACAAGGAAUUAAGGUUCAAAGAGGGUUGAGAUUACCUAAAGGAUAAAAAAAAUGGGCAGACUAGAUGGGCCAAGUGGUUCUUAUCUGCCGUCAAAUUCUAUGUUUAUAUGUUUCUAUAUAUGCUACAGCUGUACUUUUCCAUUGUUAGUAACCUGGAGGUCUGUGCCACUUUGGCUUACUGGCAGAAGACAAGAGUGGUUAGCAAUAGAGGCAUUCCAGUAGUACCAAGCAGGAAAAGUAAAAUUCAUGCAAAAAGUGGUUUUCUACACUAUGGGGGAGAUUCAAAUGUUAGAAAAGUCAGUUGGGAGUCUGGUUUUUCCUAUAUAAUAGACAGGAAAAAACACUCAACCGACUUUUCAAACAUUUGAAUCUCCCCCUAUAUAUGUAGGCUCAUACAAUUGUGUGCAUAUGAAAUGUACAAUAUGAAGUCUACUGUUUAUAUUUAAAACAAAACGGUUUACAAAUUGUCAUACAAUAAACACUGAAAUCAAACUGUAAUGCUAUGUAACAUAUUAUAGUGUAGAGAUCAGAAAAGAAGGUUCAAAUGUCAAGAACUCCCGAGAAAAACAACAGCACAAAAGGCAUGGCAUUGUGAGAAUGCACACGAAUAAAACCUUUCUCAUAUUAAAUGUCAAUUACAGAUCCCAAAAUAGGUUUAGGUUCAAAACAUUCCUAUUAGCAUUAGCACAAAUACACCUGACUAUCAGACUUGUUCAUAGCAAGGGGCACACACACAGCACACCUGCACUGCAGUCAUCUCCGCCUACAUUAGUUGGGGGGGCUUUCCAAUCCUUCAGAUUUAUUUGUAAGUAGAAGCAUAGGAUUUGACGGCAGGUAAGAACCACUUGACCCAUCUAGUCUGCCCUAAUACAUACACACACUAGGGUUAAUUUUUGUGUCAGAAGCCAGUUGGGAAGAAACUGACAUACCCAGCGGAAACCUGGUGUGGAUCAUUAGGUGGUCUAUUCAAUUGUGGUCGGAAUUUCUGACCAGGCGAAAAACAGGCAUUUUCGCCCGUUUUUCAGGCGAAUUUGCUAAUUCACCAUAUUCAAUUGAAGCCCCAUUUUUCCAACUUGUCAAAAUUUUCGACGUGUCGGAAAACACGUGGAUCAGUGGAUUAGCCGCUGAUCCACGUGUUUUUGUAGAAUUUGAGGCCAAAUCCGAAAGGUUUUUGGUCCGUUUUCUACAAUGUCAGAUUGACAUUGUUGAAAACGGACGAAAUCUGUCGGAUUUGGCCUCAAAUUGAAUACUGAACUGUCAGAUCCUUUCUGUCAGAAAGCAUCCGACAGCAAUUGACCAAACCCCUAGAUCUACAAGGAAAAGGUAUGCAGUUAACAUAGAAAAAGACAACAGGGUCAUUAGGUUGACAUGAAAUAGGUAGACAGUAGAAAAGGUCAACAGGGUGAAAAGGUGGACACAACAUAAAAAAUAAUAAUUGUGUAGUUAUUCGACAUCAAAGCACGUUACCCCAAAUAGUGGGGGUAAUUCAGAUCUGAUCGUAGAUGUGCUAUAUUUAGCACAUCUAUGAUAAUUUACUCUGACAUGCGGGGGUACGCCCAGCACAGGGCUAGUCCUCCCUGCAUGUCAGGCCCUAACCCCCCCCCCCCCCCCCACACAAGUACAAAAGCAUUGCACAACGGCGAUGCUUUUGCAUCUGUCGAGUAGCUCCCUGCCAGCACAGCUCCUACUCGACGGGUCCUGGGUUGCAGGUUGCAGUGACUGUAUGUGACGUCACGCAGCUGCUGCGGCCCGCCCCCCCCAACGGUACGGACACGCCUGCAUUGUCUGGACCGCACCCCGCCAAUGGGCUCUAGCUUCAUUGGCACGCCCGCUCCGGACCCGCGACCGCCCCUGCCUGUCAAUCAGAGGCAAUCGCAGCCCUGAGAUGCUGAUAGUAUCUCACUGGGCUCCUGGGGUGCACACACGCAGUGUGGCCACUGCACGUGCGCACUCCAGCACGAGCUUCAGACUGCGCUCGCUGCCGUUGCAGCGAUACAGUCUGAUUUAGCCCCUGUGUCCCCAGUCAAGGUGCCUCGCUUCGCUGCUGCUGCACUCGGCAUAGGUUUCUAUUCCCCAUCAUGGUCGACAUGGAUGGUAAAGUAUGAAAAUGUUGAAUAAAAUGCAACCCCUCCAAAAAAGCUGUGUCGACCAUAUGUUUGCCGACCAUUGUCAUGUUAACCUUUUAUUCCUGUUGACCUAGUGACCCUGUCAUCCUAAUGCAUAUUGAUCAUUAGUGGUCGACCUAAUGACUGUCGACCUUUUCAUUGUCGACUUAUAGUCUGGAUACAGAGGAAACCCACACAAGCUCAUGGAGAAUAUAAAAAUUCCACACAGGGCCAUGGUGAGAAUUGAACCCAAGACCUCAGUGCUGUGAGGCGGUAGUGCUAACCAAUACACCAUUCGUACUGCCCAAAGUAAUCUUGUGUCACAUGGGAGAAAUUCAUAAUACUGAAACAAAACAAACGAUACAUCUCCAAAACUAAUUGCAUUGAACAUCAGAAACUUUCACAACAGUUGUUCCAUUUUCAAACAAAGGUAAGUUUUCACAACCAGUACAAUGUUAUAGCAACAAAUUGGCAGCAGUGCGUCCUGACACAGCAGUCUAGCAAAUUCCCGGAAAGAUUGCGCUGUUUAUGUAAACUCUCACUUUACCACUAGAGAAUAUAUGCAAUAAAACCUACUGACUACAUACAAUGUCUGCAGGAAACAGUAGCCCAGGCUUAUCUUAUUUCCUUGCACAUCCUGAAUGUAAGGUCCAUACAUUUCUGGGAAUAAAAUUUGGACAUGUAUAGAUUUUCUAAAGAGACUGUGCAGUAAUCAGUGUGCAGAAUAUACAAUGCUUUGUUAUCAUGAGUACCUUACAUGUGGCUACCAAUGACGCCUCUUGGAAAGAGCAGCUUUAGUAUUUCACAGUGACAACAUUUUUAUAUCUGUAAAUAAAAAUCAAUUUACAACAUUAAA